AGGUUCAUCCAAUAGUGAACGAGUACAACCAGACAGUCUACUUGUAAACAAACAGAGCCAACGCGGCCAUUAAAGGACAGAGAGGAGAGUUCGUCGAAGAGUUACAAGGAUUCAAAGUUUCAAGGUUACCACCGAAUGUGGUGUUUGCCAGGGCGUUCAUAAAUAAAAUGAAAGACCCGAGUCGCACCGACAGCAAUAACAGCAUUAGCAGCAGCGUCCCAAUCAUGACCAUCAGCAACGAUGUCAUCCUGACCAAUGACGUCAUCCCGACCAACGAUGCGAUCAUGCGCAACCAGUUCAACUAUGACGACAACCCCUUCGCCGAGUACAUGUGGAUGGAGAACGAAGAGGAGUUCAACAGACAGGUCGAGGAGGAGCUGAAGGAGGAGGAGUUCAUUGAACUCUGCUUCCAGGAGAUGUUGGAGGAGGAGGAAGAGUGGGAGUGGUUUAUCCCAUCCCGGGACCUCCAUUCACAGCCCAACACCCAGCUGCAGGGCCAGUUCAGCCUGCUGGGGCUCUCGGUGGAGGUGGUCAUGUACGAAGACGCCGUGGUCAACAGCAACCUGAACCCCAACGCAAAGGAGUUCACGCCGGGGAUCCAGAAGCAUGUGAUCUGACCCCCCCCCCCCCCCCCCCCCCCCCCCCCCCUCCCUGCUAGCCAAGCCAGUCAGUCGUCCACACUGUGAAGCAGUGAGAGAUGUGUGUUGUUUUCAGUUGUCACUCUGUUGCACUUGACUUAGGCCUGAUGUGUUGCCAAAGUUCCCUGGUAGCCUUGCAUGUCUUGGUUUGAAUAAUGUUACAUAUGUACGUGUAAAGAAGACAUUUACCUGUUGUAACUCUUUUGAAUGUAUUAUCAGGGCAGGAGGCUUGUUCGUUUUUUGCUUGUUCCUCAAAGUGUUGUGUUCACAUUUAGUUCAGGCUGCAGGUACAGAAUACCGCACAGAACAAAUCGUCUUUUUACAUACAUCGUCUCUGUUUAUCCUACUUUGAUUCCUAACUAUGCUCUGAAUUGAUGGAGUUAGGUUUUUUGCACUUUUAUUUUCCUUUUAUUUUAUUCUAUAUAUAUUUUUAUUUUAUUUUAUCUUGAGUUUUUGUGUGCUGUGCUGUUUUCAUUUACUCGUUGCUUUGCAUUAUCUCGUUACAGCAAAAACCGCUGGUCCUCAUUUUGUUGUUCUGGCACAAGAGAUUGACUGUUUGACCAUGUGAUCCAUGUUUAAAUAGUUGUUUGGGUAUGAUGGCUCAUUCAUAUUUCUAUAUUUGUUGGCAUCCAUCUUCCUCUGUUGCCGGUCAUCUCGUCUUGAGUGUGUGGAUGGAGAAUUCCACUGAGAAUGGCACUUUUCUUAAGAAGAACUGUAUAAAAGGUUAAAUAAGGAGAAAAAAAUUGUAAAAAAAUCUAUUUUUUCUUAAACUAUUUGAAAAUAAAUGUUUAUGGAUAAUAAAAAA